AUUACGAGGCAAAAGAGAGAGAUAGAGGAAAAAAAAAAAAAAAAAAAGAAGCUUGUUGCAAUUUCGUUCACCUUCGGUUUGCUAAACUUUUCUUUUCGGACUCUAGGGUUGGAGUUUCGUAGAACUUCAACAAAUUUUCGGAUACUAGGGUUCGUCCUUUCUCGUUAGGUGAUUCUCUGUUUUUUUUUCCCGGCUAAAACAUAAGGUGAAAGGUGGCUGGGAAUCUUCUGCACUAGGAAAUGCGAGUGUUUCAACAACCAUGAUCGUGUUGGAAGAAUCUCAAUUCCCUGUGCGUAAGUGGUAUUUCAGUAAAGACGAAAUUGAUAAUCAUUCUCCGUCUAGAAAGGAUGGUAUCGACCUGAAAAGGGAGUCACAUUUGCGGAAGUUGUAUUGCUCCUUUCUUCAAGAGAUCGGCAUGAAGCUAAAAGUGCCUCAGUUGACAAUUGCUAGUGCAAUGAUGAUGUGCCACCAAUUUUAUAUGCGCCAGUCUCUUGCUAAGAAUGAUUGGCAGACAGUUUCAACUGCAUGCAUCUUUCUUGCUUGCAAAGUAGAAGAAACACCAUGCUUUUUGAAUGAUGUUGUGGUUGUUGCUUAUGAGAUGAUGAACAAAUGGGAUCCUUCUGCAUCUCGAAGAAUCAAACAGAAAAAUGAAGUUUUUAAUAAGCAGAAGGAAGUAAUCUUAGUUGGGGAAAGACUUGUGUUGUCAACUAUCGCUUUUGAUCUUAAUAUUCAGCUUCCUUACAAGCUGCUUGUCACGGCUUUAAAGAGAUUGGACAUUUUUCCUAACCUUGCUAAGGUGGCGUGGAAUUUUGUUAAUGAUUGGCUUCGCACAACAUUGUGCUUGCAGUACAAGCCCCAUUAUAUUGCUGCUGGCUCAUUAUUUCUUGCUGCCAAAUUACAAAAGGUGAAACUGCCUAAAGAAAAGGGAAGAGUUUGGUGGCAGGAGUUUGAUAUUUCACUAAAACAAUUAGAAGAGGUCAUUCAAGAGAUGCACAGAUUGUUGGGGCAGGACAGAAAAGAAGCUCUUCCAUCCACAGACAGGCCAAUUCAAUCUAAAGCUGUAGUUCAAAAGCCGUUAGAAAUUAGCUCUCAAUCAAGUAUUUCUUCGAGUGGGUCGAUUUCCAACAACCAUUCUAGCCGUGGAAAUUUAGCAGAAGAAAGAGGAUCUACAGAAUACUUGGCAUCUAAUUGUAGCCAGAAUCUGAUAGAGGGUGUUAACUGCACAACAGUGAAAAGUGUUUUACCAUGCCGGACAAGCGACAGUGGUAGUGCAAGUACUGUUGUUGAGGAAGGGGAUUAUGAGGCGAAAACAAUGGAGGUUUUCUCUGCUCAGAAUAACUCUACUAAGAUUGAUGGUAACCGCAUUAGGGAGACCUUGAAAAGGAGGAAGUCUGAUGGAGUCAUAAAGAAGUUGUCAGAAGCGAUGGGAGCUGAAAUGGGCAAUGAAGCCUGGAUAGAAAGUGAGGUAGAGAACAGAAUAGAGACUAUGAAUAGGGCCGCCAAGAAGAAACACAGAUGUUGUGAGGUUUAAUCGAAUUGAAGCUGGAGUUUUAUGCCGCUCGUGAAACAGACAACUUCCCUGAUGAGAUGUGUACAUAUUGCUUCCAGCAUAAUUUUGUUGGCUGCUUGUUUUUUUUUUUUUUUUUUUGGCCAUAUAUUGUGUCUUGACACGAGUUUGAAACUUGUACAAUCUACGGUUUCUCUUUAUAUUGUAUAUGCAGGCAUUCCACUUGGCGGUGCAAUCUCAUGUAGGAAUUGCGACUUGCAAGGUUAUAUUAUUUUUUGCAGAUAGCAUCUUAACCGUCGGUGAACAGUUUGGCUUGAUAUGGUAGUUAUUCCUCAUGGUGAAAAUGAAAGAUAUAUAUAUAUAUAUAUGUAUUUAUGUACUUCAUUUUUGGUCCUUCUAGUGGCCACUUAUCUGCUGACUUCAACGUAUUAAUCCCCAAUCAGUAGAGUAUUUUCUCGUACCUCGUCACAACUCAUCAAUGUUACUGCAUCAAUGAAUGAAGAUAAUGUUUCUUGAUGGGCUAGCUUUCUCACGUGCUAUCAGAAGGCAAUAUGGCGACUUUGUUAUCAAUUGACAGCGACUCAAUGACUACUGAUCGACUUAACAGCUUCUUUUAAGAAAGAAAAUAUUUACUAUCAGUUUGACGCCUUUGACUGUCCACGAUGUUACAGAUGGAUGGAAGAAACAUUGUUUUUUCUUUUAAUCCUGUAAUUUGCAUUAAAGUCUGAGGUUGACAUCAACAUAGGAAAAAAAAAAAAAGGAAGGUUUGGGACGUGAAAUGCUUUAACAUUCCUUCUAUUUGGAUGAGAGAAGCGCUUGUCAUAUAUUGGUUGCUUUUGCUCUUUAUUAUCCCUCUUUGACCAACAGUUCCCCACAUCUUGGGCACACACGGAAAUGUGAUAUAAAGAUUCCUAGCACAAAAUAUUCAACAUGACACGGCAAAUUUUAUUUCAUGUCACAGAGUUCCAGUGUUUGAAGAUGUAGAGCCAUGUUUGUGACCCAUUUUCUAUCUGGUCUCUUAGAAGAAGGAAAUCGAAAUGUGGGAUCAAUCAAUCAACAAAAAAGAAGGGGAAAAAAAAAAAACAAAAAACAAAACAAAACAUGUCCCCUAUAUAGUUCCUUCAUAACCAAGGGUGUGUAGUGGAUUCAAAACCAGCAUUGUGGAUCAUAGGGUCAAUUAAUCAUGCAUUGUGAUAUAGCUAUAAUUUCUUUUAAAAGAGAAAAUAAGGAAAAGAAAGGGAAAAGCUGAUAGAUUAUAGGGAAUCACAUAUAAUAAGGAAAAUAAUGUUAUUUAUAUGGUUGAGUGGGCAUAGAAAGCAAUGAAAAGCAUGGCCCCAUAAGUGUUGGAUUUCAUGCCCCUGAGCUUGAGAAGGCAUAUAUUCUCCUGUUCCGGUUUUUUGUCUUCUUCUCAAGACAACUUUUAAAUCCUGCAACUUUAGACCUCCUUUUAAGGGUUUUGCCAAAUAUUUGACCUAAAAGUUUUAUUUACAUAUUCGAGUGAAAAAGCAACACCAAUCAAUAUUAGACUU